AGAGAAAUCAUCUAUUCUCUGAUGCUUUUACCCAAAGUCUCAGUGAUGCUUGAAAGAUGGACAUUGCCCUCUUCUCCCCGUCUUCGCUUUUCGCCGACGACGAUGACGCCUCUAUUGUUGAGGAAACGAAUAAAUCCCAACAAAGCUAUGUGGAGAGGAAGCACAGUUUUCCCGGAAUGGAGUUGCUCAUCCGAGAAUUUUCUUUUCAUUGGCUGAAUGCUAAUUUACUCUGGCCAGGGACAUUUGCAUUUGCAGAAUGGUUAGUUCAGCAUAGGUCACAUAUAGAAAGACGCCGUUGCAUUGAAUUGGGCAGUGGCACAGGAGCUUUAGCUAUUUUUCUUAGCAGAUCAUUUAAUCUUGAUAUCACGACAUCAGACUACAAUGAUCAAGAAAUUGAAGAGAACAUAGCUUAUAACUGUGCUGCAAAUGGAAUCACACCUGUCCUUGCUCACAUAAAGCAUACAUGGGGUGACACGUUUCCAAUUGCUGAUCCUGACUGGGACUUGGUUAUAGCUAGUGAUAUAUUAUUGUAUGUGAAACAGUACUCGAACCUGAUAGAAACUCUUUCCUUUCUCCUCAAAUCUUACAAGCCAAAAAAUGACGAAGUAGUCGCAGCUAAUGAACAAAAUGGAGGAACAUUCAUGGGGUUGCCCAGGCCUGCAUUUUUAAUGAGUUGGAGACGCAGGAUUGGAAAGGAGGAUGAAUCUUUAUUUUUCAGUGGUUGUGAGGUUGCUGGGCUUGAAGUUCAGCAUCUUGGGUCUCGUGUGUACUGCAUCAAACCUAGAGAUCUGCAUUCAAAAGACCAAAAAGAGUUGGUGGUUGAAUCAACAGCAUAAAUUUAAAAGGACUAUUUUGUUAUCAUAAACAUAUUUGAAGAACUAAAAAAUAGAGAAUUUAAAUUGUGAUUUUUGUCAUACCGCAAUUGUCUUGCUCUUAGUGCGGCUAUAUGCGCAAUUCUAAAAUCUAAAACACACUUCAAGUCUAA